AUGUCUACUCAAUCGAGCGAGAGGAACAACAUGGAUUCGAAGCAGGAGUUCAAGUUAUUCCCGAAUCUUCCUAUGGAGCUCAGAAAGAUGAUUUGGCACUUUACAUUGGAACCCCGUCUCGUCAGUGUAUCUUGUGGUUCUUUUUGUCAUGAAAAUAUCUCGCGGCCUUCUUCGUGCAAAGGCUUCUUCACCAACACUCCUCCUCCACCGGCUCUAUCUGUCUGUCAGGACUCACGUGAAGCUAUCAUGGGCAGUUACCCUCUCCGUUUUGGAGGCGCAUUUACCUCACCAAAAAUCCGCUUCAAUUCUGAUAUCGAUACUCUCUUCUUGGACGACGACAUGGAUCCUCAUUACGCUCUUUUCUUCAAUUCGUUGAGAAUCAAGGAUUUAACAUGUCUCAAACGAUUGGCAGUUUCCGAUAUUGCUGAGAGCUAUGUACAGCCGUGGCGGAUCGAAUCUGUCCCAGGUGGGUAUGUUAUUAAAAGAUACGGCAUCCUUGAUGUCGUCGUCCCCCAAAUGAAGAAUCUCGAGGAGAUAUACAACGUGCAAAUUCCGACAAAUGAGAUGGAGGACGACGUUCCAAGUGGACAAGGUCCAAUGCAGCUUUUCGACAAGCUACCAAAAGGUCUAUUAGAGAAGGGUUAUGGAUAUGAUUAUGUUAGCGAUUCUCUUGUCGAGGACCCGCCAAGAGGCCUGUUUGAUUUAGCCGGUGUAAAGGUUAUCGAAGUUUGGGGUUGGUGCCCAACAAAAGAAUGGCUGAAACAUGGAUAUGUGAAGGAUAUUUGA